AUGAUGAUUCUAACUUACUAAGCACACAAGACAUAAGCCGUAAUUUAAUAAGAUCAUCUUGUACACUUGCACCGCCAACUCAAUCUCAAUUUUCGUAAUAAAAAAGGAAAAAUCAUAUAAAGGAUACAUUGAGUAAUGAACAAAAUGCACCACCCCGACCACACCACCCCACCCCACCCACUAUAAAAUAUUAAAGGGCAAGGAGAGAAAAAUCAAAACAGGUCCCACCUGAUAUAAUGGCACUAACGAAAUCCCAAAACUCUUAUAAAUAUACAAACACAAAUCUCCAAGCAAACAAUAGAAAAACGAAAGAGAAAAAAGUAAGAAAAGAAGAAAAAGAAGAAAAAGAAGAAAAAGAAGAAGAAGAUGGGGAACUGUUUAGUAAUGGAGAAGAAAGUGAUAAAGAUAGUGAGAAAUGAUGGGAAGGUACUUGAAUAUAGAGAACCAAUUAAUGUUCAUCACAUCCUCACUCAAUUCUCUGGUCACUCUCUCUCUCACAACAACACUCAGCUUCUGCCUGAUGCUAAGCUUCUCUCUGGUCGUCUCUAUUAUCUUCUGCCUUCAACAAUGAACAAGAAGAAGGUCAACAAGAAAGUGACGUUUGCAAAUCCGGAGGUGGAAGACGACGAAAGAUCACUAAGUGAAGAAGAAGAUACUAGUGAAAGCAACAGCAAGAUCGAUGGUGAUGACAACAAGAACGUAACUGUUGUGAGAAUGAAGAUCGUUGUGCAUAAGCAAGAGUUGGAGAAGCUACUUCAAGGAGGGUCGGUCCAUGAGAUGAUGUACCAGACUCUCGAGAAACAACUUUUGCUAACUGAUGAUGGUGAUGAUCUUGAUGAGUGUAAUAGCGGCUGGAGACCUGCGUUAGAUAGCAUACCCGAAUCUGAAAGUCUCAGAAGAACAUAACAGAUAGAUCAUAUAUAUAUAUAUAUAUAUAUAUAUACACAAAAAACAGUCUUGAGCUAUGUCCAAGGAAAAAAAUUGUUUUUGGGUUUUGUUGUAUAUAAGCUUUGAAGCUAUGUUAUAGAAAAUGACUGAGUGAUAUUGAUGAUGACA